GGAGGCAGCCAGGCCAGUGCCCUAGAUCCGUGGAGCAGCGUCUGCGCAAGCGCGAGUGAAGGGCGGCUCUAGGGGGCGGGCCCUUCGCUGUCCGUCCCUCCGACCCCGCCCCGGCGCCGGGUUGACGUCACCGUCUGCGCCGCUCGUGGCGGAAGCAGGAAGUGAGACCAAAACAAAGGAGCGGCGGCCGAGAGUGGACCUGCGCGCCCUUGUCUCCCCGCCGCGAGCGCCGCUGCCUGGCCGCCGACCCCCAGCAGCCGUCCGACCAUGUCCACCAUGGAGAAACACCUGUUCAACCUGAAGUUCGCGGCCAAAGAACUGAGCAGGAGUGCCAAAAAAUGCGACAAGGAAGAAAAGGCCGAAAAGGCCAAAAUUAAGAAGGCCAUUCAAAAGGGCAACAUGGAAGUGGCGAGGAUACACGCCGAAAACGCCAUCCGCCAGAAGAACCAGGGCGUGAACUUCCUGAGGAUGAGCGCGCGGGUCGACGCAGUGGCUUCCCGAGUUCAGACAGCGGUGACCAUGGGCAAGGUGACCAAAUCCAUGGCUGGCGUGGUCAAGUCGAUGGACGCGACACUGAAGACCAUGAACUUGGAGAAGAUCUCCGCCCUGAUGGAUAAGUUCGAGCACCAGUUCGAGACGCUGGACGUGCAGACGCAGCAGAUGGAAGACACGAUGAGCAGCACGACGACGCUGACCACUCCCCAAAACCAGGUGGACCUACUGCUCCAGGAGAUGGCCGACGAGGCGGGCCUCGACCUCAACAUGGAGCUGCCGCAGGGCCAGACUGGCUCCGUGGGCACCAGCGUGGCCUCGGCCGAGCAGGACGAGCUGUCCCAGAGACUGGCCCGGCUGCGGGACCAGGUGUGAGGCAGGCGCCCCCGGGUCCCCCGUGCCAAUCUCUUUGCAAGAUUCGCGCCUGGGACUGUGGGAAGCUGAGACGGCCUUCCGCCUGCCUUUGGGUUUACAGCAAUGAGGAUUUCGGUCUUUCUCCGCCCUUCCCUGGAUCGUAAAGUUCUAUAUUGCUUGUGCUGAUGUGUAUUUUUAUAGCUGCCUUUUAAGAGAACUAGUUGGAUUGGUAUAUUUGGAUCUUGAAAAUUCGAUCCGAAUUGUAGUUCCCACAUACUCAGUUUCCUAUUUAAAAUUAUCAGAGUGAAUGCGUUUUGUUGAUUUAGUGCGAUACAUGGGGUAACAGGUGGUAGGUAAAAAUUAAAGAAGGGGAAUGGCUAAUUGGCUAGGUUUCAUGCUGUAAACACUUCCUUCAGCUUCCUCAGUGGACGGUACCGUCUCUGUGUAGCCUUUGUUUUCCUUCCUUUGUUUUUGCCAUCAAAGCAACACUGCAAUUAACUACUGAUUUGUUCUCCAGUAACUUUUAUUGCAAUUACCUUAGGAAAUUUUUCACUCUCACUGUUUACAUUCUGUAAGUUUUUCAUGUGAUAAUAGUUUGUGAAACUGAAAAAAAAAAUGCCACAUCAUUUAUUAUCAGGAAAAAUUAAAUGUUGUCAUAUUUUCUAUUUACCAAGAGUUUUAAAAAAAGACAUAGAAGGUUUAAUAUUGGGCGAUUUCUAGCUAUUUUCCUAUGUCAACACUCCAGGCUCCUGCUAAAGUAUAUUAAUUAGGACAGCACUCAUAUUAAGCACCUAAUGUUGCCAAAGAAUUAUUGAUUGGUGUGAGGGAAACCCUGGGACUAUGUGUUUAUAGAUUUUGUUUUUUGAUUUUACCAACCAAAAAUAGAAAUAAAAUUAGAACUGCAUUUUAAGUUCUAAUUAUUUGCGUUUAUUAUUUUCUUUUAAAACAACACUUAGAAAUUUCAAAAAUAUAAGUUGGAUGUUUUACUUAGCCAUGCAAAUACUGUAACUAGAAUCUACAGCCAGCCAGCUUGAAGCUGGGAGGAGAAGAGUUGGGGUUGGCAGGAAAGACUGGUUGGGUUCAUCGUCCUGUGUUUUGAGUGCCUGUGAAUGCUGAAGUCAAGCGUGGAGCCACCACUUUCCUCGUGGCCACACGUGGUGGAGAGCAGCAGUUUGCUUUUGCUUGGCAAGUGUGUUAAUCUAAGUACUUACAGGUUUCCCUAAAGUCUCCUUCCUUGAGUGGCAGGUUUCUCCGUGAGAGAAUUUUAGUAUUUGAAGAAGUAAACAGGUCCCUUCCAAGUUCUUUAAAACUUGGAACUCAUAACCACAUGUUUAUCCUUUUAACUUGUUUUGCAGCGUAAACGAGUGAAGGGAAAAACUAGCGGGUCUGUGCUGUUGUGGCCUGACACACAUUUAAGUGGGUGCUGUUGGGAAGCCCGCGUCUCAAGGGCCCUGUGGCAGGCAGCUAUGUGGGUGCGGCUUUUUGGACUGGAACACAUAAUCACAACUAACAAAAUAGCUCAGUGUCGAUGCUUUUGGUAAUUGAAGAGUCUUGUAGAGCGCAUAUAUUCCCUUCAAAAUCUAUUUUGUGAAAUGCCACAAUGCUUGUAUAUGCUUGAACUUUCUUAAAAUAUGUUCAUUUCAUACUAUAUGGAUGUGCAUUUUUAUGAAUCAAAUAUUUUCAAAAGCACUACAGGCCCAUGCAUCAUUUCUUCCCUUUUGAAAUUCAUGCAGUGUAGAAAUGAAAAUUACAGAAAUUUCUUAAAUAAAUCAUUUUAAGCCACA